AUGCCAGGAAUCCGUUCUCGUGGUGGCUGCUGGAGCUGUCGCCAGAAACGGCGGAAAUGCGACGAAGCGAAACCCUCCUGCGAGACUUGCAAGACAAGAGGUAUCGUCUGCGGCGGCUACGAAAUGCGUUUUACGGAAUUCCGAGCUCAAGGAAACUACAGUGGUCAACUGGUUUGCAAGCUCGCAAGGGGCUCUGCUCCCGAGAAUGGGCCUCCCAAGUCGACCAGACGAAGAGGACCGGCAGCCACCAGGCGGACAUCUACAACCAGACAGCUAUCACCGCCGCCGCCGCCGCCGAAACCACCCCCUCAGCCAUCGGUUCCUGCUCCAGACAACGCCAGCACCCAGUCCGCCCCAGCAAACCAGUCGCAAGACAGCGUCUGCUCUUUGCCUGCCGGAACUGCGGAUGAGGUGCUCCCCGAUCGACCCCCUGCCGUUUUCGGCCCAACGCCUCCGCCCUUGCAAGGCACGGAAACAGGCCCUGAAGAGCCUCAAGGUUGCCAGAACUGUCGUCGUCUGAGCAGUACCGCCGCAUCUCAAACUAACGUUAGCCCCGCCCGGUCCAUCCUUGCCGCUUCGUACUCGCCCGCUACAUCGCAGAACGACAUGGCUACCCACCGGCCUUCGGGGAGUGAUAGUGACCGCCAAGAUCAGGAUUGGGGAAUUCUUGAGCCCGCUGAUGCCUUGGGACUGGACUCGCACCUUGGCUUCGGGACUCAAGACGACGGAAUAUGGCACUUGAUGCAGUCAGAUUUGGAUGCUCCAAUCGGCUUUUGGACUCCUACCAGCCCACGACAGGAUGUGGGACUCUUGGAACUAGCCGAAAUCUCCAACAAUGACCAUCAGCACAUAGAACAAGGAGUGGGUCAAGACAUGCACGAAUUUUCGACAGAUUCAAUGGAAGGUCUGGAUGACCUGCCCAGACCCCAAGUUGACCCUGGCCCCGAAACUGCUGGCCUCUUGAGCCGCGAGGCCAUGGUGUUGCUGGACAUCGACUCUUCGGCAGCAUCAACCUUUGGGAGCCAUGAUGGGCUUGGAUUGUCCUCCUUCUCAACCUCUAUUCAGGAUAUCACCAGCUAUUCAGACUUCAUCUUUAGCGUGUUGGCUCCGGGCUUCUACCCCGUGGCCCCGCAUCACCAUCCAUUCAAGCUUGUGUACGGCAAGCUGGCAUCAAUUUGUCCGCCACUGAGAGCAACUAUCCUGGGAGCCUCGGCAUUGCACUUGGGCGGCAUGAGCCAGCUGCCCCCGGGCGUCGUGUCUCUUUAUCGUGACGCGUCCAGGGUGUCGUUCAGCAGCGCCGUCAAGUCCCGAAGGCGAACUGAGGCCCUAGCCGCAACGAUACUUCUGUCCAUCAUCGCAGAUUCUAUCGGAAGCGGCACGGCCUGUUGGACGUCAAAGCUGGGCCUAGUGCGCUCUCUGCUACAAGACAAGGCCGUGACGCCACCGAGCCCAGACUCGGCUAUCGUCAUGUCAUUUCUCCACCUGCACUUUAGCUGGAUGACGGCGAUCGCUAGGACGGUCAAAUGGCAUGACAGCUCGUUGGCAGAUGCUGAUACUCUUGAAUUUAUAGAAGACCCUCUUCACGAGAGCCUAUUCUCAAGGGACCACGCUAAGUGGUUCUGCAACUUGCCUGAUUAG